CUUUAAGGUUGCGAAUAUCGAUAUCGAAGUCACAUCGAUUUUUGUUCCAGCUCUAAUUAUCAUUGUAUUUUUUGUGGUGAAAGGCUUUGUGCGCUGACAUUGUGCUUGCACGGAAUAUAACUCGCUUCAAAAUAUGUCGCAGGCCUUGAACAAUCCAGGAGGAACGGGAGCGGGCGGUGGCGGAGGAGGCGGUGGCCCCCAUCGGGAUUAUGGAGCCAUGGCGGAGUCCACACCCGAAGUGAGUUUUGCUGCCGCUGGAGGAUCGUCGGGCUUUAGUCCCACGGAAUUCAUGUCGCUCAGCGAGGAUAUCGGGCACAACAUCACUUCGAUUCACAGUAGCACCAAGCAAUUGGAGAAGCAACUAAAGCUCAUUGGAACGCCAAAGGACCUACCGACUCUGAGGGAGAAGGUGCACUCAAUAAACACUAAGUGCAAUGCCCGGGUGCAGACCACAAGUCAGGAUUUGCAAAGGCUUCAGGCGGUUGUGCGACAUGGAGAUCGACAGCAGAAGCUUCAAUUGGAGAAGCUCACAAGGGAAUUCCACGGAGUGGUAGAGAAGUACUCCAAUCUGCAGCGACGCAUCUCGUCGGCCAUGCGACAGACCCUUCAGCAGGCCCAGCACUUUGCCGACCAGGAUGUGGAGGCCAAUGCCCGAGCUGAGCUCCUGCAGCAGCAGCGUUUGGAGCAGGCCAAUCUGCAGCAGGAGCACGACCUUCUCGAGGAGCGACGGCGACAGGUCGAGCAGAUCGAGUCGGACGUUAUCGAUGUCAAUCAGAUCAUGACCCGGUUGAGUGGACUGGUGCAUGAACAGGGACAGCAGAUGGACUUCAUCGAGAACAGUAUUGAGCAGACGGCCGCCAACGUGGAGGAUGGCACCUCGCAGCUGGCCAAGGCGGCCAGGAGUCGCCAGAGUUACAGGCGCAAGAUUUUGAUACUCCUGGUGAUCGCUGUGAUAAUAGGUUUAGUCGUAACUGGCGUUAUUGUUGCCAAACUGAACAGUUAAUUGUUUUAUUUGUACACCCAUAUUCAAACACACGCGAACAUCACACGCAAACACACACACCCACAUAUGCAUAGAUUUUUGUAAAACGACUUUUAUAAGAAACAAAAUAUUCGAUCGUUGAUAACUCUGUUUAAUCACCAAGUGAGCAAAGACAACAAGAAUGUAGAGGAAAAGCUAAAAAAUAAACAAAAACAAUAUUUAUAAAUAUAUAUAUACAUACGUAAAUAAGGAUACUGAAUCCCACUUAACUUGCAUAUAAACAAUAUUCAGCGCUUUUAAAUGUUAAUGAUUUCUUGUUAAAACGAUUAUCGCGAACAAUUUAAGUUUUGCAUUCAAUGUGAAAUUUUUGUGUUUAGUUUAAAGCAAGCGAACAAGGAUCCCCAUAAACUUAUUUGAUUAAGGGAAUUCCUUAAAUAUAUGUUAAAUAAUUCAAGUUAAAAUAAGUGAGCCAGCAAUCGAAAAUAAAGAUAAACCGAACAAAACAA